AUGCACGUCUUCGUUACUGGCGCCACCGGCUUCAUCGGCAGGGCAGUUGUAGACGAGCUCAUAGCUGCCGGCCACACAGUCACAGGCCUAGCCCGCUCCGACGCAGCCGCCGCUGCCCUGACAGCGAAGGGCGUCAAAGUACUCCGCGGUUCCUUCCGAGACCUGGAGAUCAUCAAGCAAGGAGCACGCGAGGCCGACGGCGUGAUCAACCUUGCAUUCGACCACGACUUCAGCAAGUAUGUGCAGAGCUGCGCCGAGGAGAAAGAAACCAUUGAAGCUUUAGGCUCAGCCUUGGUUGGAACCAAAAAGCCUUUGGUCAUUACUGCCGGCACUUUGGGGCUCUCUAGGAGUAAGCUCAGCACCGAGGACGAACCCGUUGAUUACGACCAAGCAAUGAGCACCCGCGCUCGGAAUGAAAAGGUCGCUACCAGCCUUGCUGAGCAAAACGUGCGUGCUUGUGUCAUCCGUGCGCCGCCUACUGUACACAGCGAGGAGGAUCAUGGGUUCGUCUAUAUGCUUGCUGCUCUGGCGCAUUCGCAGGGUAAUGCUUUCUACGUCGACGAGGGGCUGAAUCGCUGGCCUGCUAUUCAUCGUCAUGACGCUGCCCGGCUCUACCGACUUGUUCUGGAGAAUGGUAUUGCCGGAAGCAUUUACCAUGCUGUGGGCGAGGAGGGUGUCCCGAUGAAAGAUAUUGCUGAAGCUAUUGGUGAAAACCUAGGUAUCCCUGCAGUCUCCAAGACUAUAGAAGAAGCGGGGAAGCUUGACAGCUUUAUGUCUGUGGUUAUGAGCAUUGAUAACCCGACUUCAAGCAAGAAGACCCAGGAACUCUUUGGCUGGGAGCCAGUUGGUUGCACGAUUUUGGAUGAUAUCAAGGCUGGUGUUUAUGCCCAGAAGUGA